UCAGUACGUUGAAAACUGUGGUCACAAGAAUUUUUCUCGUGAAACAUGUCGAUCGAGUUUGCCGCCAAGUGCGAAAUCCGCGCCGUCAUUCAUUACCUCUAUGGAACGCUAUAAACUAGAGGGUGAUAAUUUUCUCAAGUCUAUUGUUACUGGAGAUGAAACUUGGAUUGCACACUAUAUGUCUGAAACCAAGAGACAGUCCAAACACUAGUGUUCACCCUCAACCAAAAAAUUCAAAACCGAUUUCAGUCAAAAAAAUCAUGGCAUCAGUGUUUUGGGACCACAAAGACGUCAUAUUGAUUGAAUAUUUACCUCAGGGUGAGACCAUCAAAGCAGCAAGGUAUUGUGAAACCCUAUAAAAAUUGAGGAGAGCUAUUCAAAAUAAGAGGAAGGGUCUGUUAACAAGAGGAGUCUGCCUGCUGCACGACAACUCCAGACCCCACACAGCCAAUGUCGUGAAACAAUUUUUGGGCUCAUUUGGAUGAGAUGUUUUGAACCGCCCUCCGUAUUCCCCGACCUGGCGCCUUCAGAUUACCAUUUGUUCACUUCCCUGAAGAAGCACACGGGUGGAAAAAAAUUGUUUAUUGACGAGGAGGUGAAGGGGCGGUCGAGAAGUGGACAAAGGAGGUGGCGGCAGGCUCGAUCGACAUUAUUCACAAGAAAAAUUCUUGUGACCACAGUUUUUAACGUACUGAACUUGUUACGGUCUUGUUAUAAAGAAGAGGAGUAAAUCUAUACAGAAGUGUAGCGAACAUAGUAAAAAAACAUUUCCUGCGGUCGUGAGAGCCUUAGUACACUUACUUUCUGGAUAUGCCUCGUAUAAUAUAAUAGCUUUUCAAUAUCAUUAUGGUGGUCGGGGUGUACAAGCCCCCUGUGAAAUGUCUGCAAUUCCUAAACGACGUCCAACUGAACACGUGUCGCACAGCAUUCGACCACCCAGACCUUCAGCGUGUGCUACACACGGGACACUAUGACCUCGUAAUCACAGAGUUGCUCGGCUCCCGAUGCGACUUGUAUUUGGCCAGCCACCUGAGUGUACCACACGUAGCCAUUGUCUCCAGUCAGAUGCUGACCUGGUACCAGGAUUCGUUCGACAACCCAUCGAACCCAUCGUACAUCACGACUCUGAAUUCGCCGUACCCAAAGCCGGAGACGUUUGUCCAACGGCUCUGGAACUUAAUCGACUAUGUGACUGUUUGCGUGUACUUCAAACACAUAGACACUGCAGCCACGGUGAUGGGACGAAAAUAUUUCGGUGACAACAGGCCGCACGCUGAGGACUUGCUUCGUAACGUAUCAAUGGUGUUUCUCAACACGCAUUCGAACUUCGAUUUGUCCAAACCGUUGGCGACCAAUUUCAAAGAAAUCGGAGGCAUUCACUUAAAACCACCCAACCCUUUGCCCACCGACUUGGAAGAAUUUAUCAACAAUUCCGAACACGGCGUAAUAUACUUCAGUUUGGGGUCCGUGGUCAGGAUGAAAGAUUUACCAAUUUCUAUACAAUUUGGACUCAAGGAAGGAUUCGGAGAAUUACCACAAAAGGUUUUAUGGAAGUUAGAGUCAGAUUGGCCAAUCAUCGAUCUACCUGAAAAUGUAAUGUCUAGAAAAUGGUUUCCUCAAUAUGAUAUUAUAAGACAUCCAAAUGUAAAACUUUUUAUCACACACGGUGGUAAUUCUGGCGUUAUCGAAGCGACUAGCGCAGGCAUUCCGGUACUAGGCUUUCCUAUAUUCUUUGACCAACCAAGAAAUUUGGAACUAUUCGAACACUGGGGUUCCGGCUUAUUCGUAGACUUUAAUAAUUUUACCAAAGAAGACUUUGUAUACAAGAUUAAACGGAUUCUAAAUGAUCAAAGGUUCAAAGAAAAUGCCGUGAAGUUAUCGCGCCGUUUUCACGAUCGUCCACUAAAUCCUAAAGACACAGUGGCUUAUUGGACAGAGUACGUGUUGCGACACAACGGUGCACACCAUCUGAAAUCACAGGCCAUAAAUACUAAAUGGUAUCAGUACUUCUCAUUGGACUUAUUUUUUAUUGCAUUCGUUAUAAUUACGUCAGUAUUGUACUUCUUUUACAAUGUUAUUUCAAUCGUUUUAAAAUGAAUAAAACCUAUAACAUGAGACAAU